GGUGGGAGAGAGGGUGAUGGAGGCCAAGAUGGCGGCGGCCGAGGAGGAGCCCGCGCGGGAAGAUGGCAGCGCAGACAGGAGGGCCGCGAAGGGCGGCAAACCACCUCAGCCUUUCGUCCUGGGCUCCGUCGUUCGGAUCUUCAUGAAGAACUUCCUAAUAUAUGAUAGCUGUGAAGUAUAUCCGGGGCCCAACCUCAACGUGGUUGUAGGUGCUAAUGGAACAGGGAAGUCAAGCAUUGUUUGUGCCAUCUGCCUGGGACUGGCUGGGAAACCUUCUUUCAUAGGGCGGGCCGAUAAGGUUGGUCUCUUUGUAAAGCAGGGAUGCACUAAAGGUUUAGUGGAAAUUGAACUGUUUAAGCCACCAGGCAAUAUUAUUAUCACCCGUGAGAUUCAAGUGAUGAACAACACAUCAUCGUGGUGGAUCAACAGAAAGCCAGCAACCCUGAAAGCAGUAGAAGAACACAUUGCAGCUUUAAACAUCCAGGUGGACAAUCUGUGCCAUUUUCUUCCUCAGGACAGAGUUGGAGAAUUUGCAAAACUGAGUAAGAUUGAAUUGCUUGAAGCCACUGAAAAAUCGAUUGGUUCUCGAGAAAUGUACCAGUUCCACUGCAAACUAAAAAGCUUCCGAGAAAGGGAAAGAGAGCUGGAGCACUUGUGCAGAGAAAAAACUACCUCAUUGGAGAAAAUGAAACAGAUGAUUGAACGAUACAAGCAAGAUGUUGACAGAUACCUAGAGCACAAGAGCCACAUAGACUUGAUAGAGAUGCUUGAGAGGAAAAGGCCUUGGUUGGAAUAUGAAAAUGUUCGUAUGCAGUAUAUGGAAGUGAAACAGCGCAGAAACAAAGCCAAGAAAACCCUGGAGAUUCUGAAAGAAAGACAGUUCCCAACGGCAAAAAAAAUCCAAGAAGCUGAAGAAAAUUUGAACAGUUUGGAUUUGAAAACAAGAGAUAAUACUGCUAAAAUCAUAGAGGUUUCCCAGAGAAUUAAACAGAAGCAAGAUGCUUUGGAGAUGAAAGAAAAAAAGAUUGAAGAAAUUAAGCAAGCACUGAGAAUGAAAAAAGAUGAAGAAAUGGACAGACAGAAGAAAAUACACACUACUCAGGAGAUAAUAGAGACGUGGAAGAAUGAGCUGAACACAAUGGCAGUAUGUGAGAAUCUUCAGCCACAAAUUGAUGCUAUUAAUAAUGAGCUGAAAAAAUUACAAGAAGAAAGGACAAAUAUUGAUAGUGAUAUCAGUGAUCUAAGAGCAGAGAAAAGGAAUCAAGAGAGAGAAGAGAAAAGAAUAAUUGAUCACCUUGGAAAACUUAAUAAUAUAAUGAAAAUGAAGGAGGAGAACCUCAAAGGGAGAUUCCUGGACACAUACUCUGCUCUUACGUGGCUAAGAAAGAACAAAGACAAGUUUAAAAAAAAAGUUUAUGAACCCAUGAUGCUUGAAAUCAAUCCAAGAAACAGUAGACAUGCUAAAUAUAUUGAAAACCACAUUUCAAGUGAUGACAUGAGGGCUUUUGUUUUUGAGAGUCAAGAAGAUAUGGAAGUGUUUCUUGUAGAGAUACGUGAUCAUCAGAAACUAAGAGUGAAUGCUGUAUGCGCACCUGCUGCAUCAUGUGCUGAAAGCCUCCCUUCAAGACCUAUUGAGGAAUUACACCAGUAUGGAUUUUUCUCAUAUUUACGAGAGUUAUUUGAUGCUCCUCGUCCUGUGAUGAGUUAUCUUUGUUACCAAUAUCAUGUUCAUGAAGUUCCUGUGGGAACAGAGAAGACCAGAGACAUGAUUGAAAGGGUCAUACGAGAAACCAAAUUUAGGCAAAUAUACACAGCGGAAGAAAGAUAUAUUAUUAAAGUAUCUUCUUAUACAAAUCGAACCCUCUCUACUAACACAUUCCUGAGGGCAGCACAGUUUCUCAGUGGUUCUGUGGAUACAGAUGAAAGAAGGCAGUUGGAAAGCCAGCAACAGGACAUCAAUAACAUGUCGAAGUCAUUGGAUAUGCGUUUGACUACGUUGUUUGAGAGACAGAAACAUCUGGAACACAGAGACAAUGAGCUCAGGCAACAGAAGAAGGACCUUUUAGAGAGAGGAAACAGAAGGAGACAAUUGGAAUCAAAAAUGGCUUUGAAGUAUGAUAGUUUAAGACAGCUGGAACAAGAUGCUAUUGAUGUAGAGAAGGAAUCUCAACUGGCAAAUCUAAAGAUCAAAGAAAUAAAUAAGCAGAAAGCAGAACUCGUUACUGAGUUUAUGUAUCUCACAAAGGAUAUCAUUCCACUGAGCAUCCUCAAAGGGGUUUUGACUCUUCGAAGGAGUAAGGUGAUUGCUGAGAAGGCCAGACUAGAAUCAGAGUAUAAACCAGGAACUGUACAGCUAAAAGCUGCAGAGCAAUGGUUUCAUGAACUGGAUGAUAAGAAGCGAGUUCUUUAUGAGAACUGCAAGGAGCUGAUGAAGCAAGCUCAACAGGUCUGCAAAUUGAGUCCAGAUCAAGAUUUUCCAAGAGAAUUGCAAAUUAGUUUUCAGGCUCUUCCAAACACAUUGGAGGAAAUUGAUGCUCUUCUGAACGAAGAGAAGACCAGGGCCUCCUGUUUCACAGGCCUGAAUGCUUCAGUUGUUGAAGAAUACAAUAAGCAAACACAAGAAAUACAGCAGUUGACAAAAUAUCUAGAGGAAAAGAAAAAUGAAUUGAAUAACUUUAGGCAAAGCAUUUCAGAGGUCAAAGAAAGGUGGCUAAACCUCUUGAAAGGCAUGAUUGAACAAAUUAAUGCUAAGUUCAGUAAGUUCUUUAGUUCUAUGCAGUGUGUUGGUGAAGUUGAUCUUCAUGUGGAAAAUGAGGAGGAGUACGACAAGUAUGGGAUUCGCAUUAGAGUCAAAUUCCGCAGUGGCACUGAACUUCAUGAAUUGACUCCAUAUCAUCAGAGUGGAGGUGAGAAGAGUGUUUCCACUAUGUUGUACCUGAUGGCUCUACAAGAACUCAACACAUGUCCUUUCAGGAUUGUUGAUGAAAUAAAUCAGGGAAUGGAUCCAGUGAAUGAGAGAAGAGUUUUUCAAAUGGUUGUCGAAACUGCUUGUAAAAAAAAGGCAUCUCAGUACUUCCUCAUUACACCAAAGCUCCUGUGGAAUCUCACUUACAGUGACAAGAUGACUGUGCUGUUUGUCUACAGUGGACCUUUUAUGGUGGAGUCAAAAAAAUGGAACACAAAGUAUUUCAUGAAGCGACGACGUCGACUUUCAAGGAUGGCUGAACAGUGUAUAGCUACAGAUAUGUAGCUAUAUAUAUAAAAUGUUUCUGUAGAAACAUAUAUAUAAAAAUGUUUAUAUAUAUAAAAUUUUUCUGUAGACCUUUUUUGAAACAUUUGCCUUUCAAGACUCCAGAAGUUGUCAAAGAGGAGAACCUGCAAAGAAUUGAUAAUUAAGAACAUGAAUCUUAAAAUUUACACAAAUGUAUGACAGAUUUGAAGUGCAUGAUUUCUUUUUGAAGCCUAUCAUAGUGGUCACUUUCUCUGAAGAACUUGCUUUUUCUCAAUGAUAGGUUUAAAUAAAAAAGGAAAUUUCUUGUAUUUUUCUGUUUGGUUUUUUUUCAGUAAUGCAGCAUCAGAAGUACAGUUAAUUUUUCUAGGUUAUGCUGGACUAAUUCUAUUACCGUUGUUUUUUGGAGUCCGUUUUUUUUUUCCCCGAAAAAAUGCAAUUAGCUUUUGGUAAAUAGUCUUCAUUUACCACAGAUAUGGAUGUUAUCUAAAGUUCCCCUAUUGAAAUGUAACCUUUUUUAAUUAGUUCAGAUGAUCUGUAGGAAGAGAAAGAUUUGUAAGUAGCUGAGCACUGGUUUUUAUUUUGUGAAAAUACACCUGAACUUAAUAUAAAGAAUACGGUUCUAUGAAUGUAUUACUCUUGAGUAUAUACUUUAUAAUCAUUAUUUAUCAUUUUUGACAUAAUGUUUCAUUUUGUAGUCCUCAAGGGAUAAGGUCACAAAAUCACAAAUAUUUGACAGAAGAGCUAAAAGAGUGUGGAAACUUGAGCUCUGGUCCAGGGUUUGGGUUGGUCAGCAGAGUUUCCUCAACAUAAUUAAAAUUGCAGGUCUGUCUGUCUGUCCAGUGUAUUGCAGGGUCUUUGUUUUAUAUGUGUUCUUUGAUAGACAAAAUACUUUGCUUCUUGUAACCCUGAACUUUAAGGUGGUUGUUUUGUUAUGUUUUUCAUUUUUAUUUUUAGGGAGUUGUAAAAACAGACAUUCUGUUUAGUUUCGGAGCAUCACUGUAUGAAAAGUGCAAUUUGCUUUCAGUGUCUAAAUAAGUGAAACUACUUACACGAACAUGUGUUAAGACUUGGUUCUUCUGCGACUAGAGAGCACUAUCUAUUCUUAAUGCUGUCAUGUUAGAACUUCAUGGGAUUUCUUCUUUGAUUUCAGUUCCUUUCUCAUGUUUCAAACUGAGGUAGGAAAUAGAAGUGACUUAUUUCAAGAGGAUGACACUUCAGAUCCUGUCUCAAAAAAUUACCUCUUGUGGAUACGUGGCUGCCACACUGCACAAGUGAAGAGGUGUUUGCUUUUUCCUUGAAGCCAUUGACCACAGGUGCUGAUUUCAUUGUAUCUUACUGCAAUCUUAAUACAAUACUGUCAUUCAUAUUAACUUACCCUAGGCAGUGUAAUGAGCUGCAAAACUACCACUGUCAUGGUACUAACAAAUAGAUCUUCAGUGUCCAGCAGCUCUCCUACCUGAGGCCUCUGAGGGAGGUCUGUAUAUGGAAGCAGCCAUUGCUGUUUGCAGUGGGCUGCACAACGUGGCUGUGGCCUCCUAUACACUGGGUCCUGUUAGUCACCUGCUGAUUUGUGUGAGAGGUGCAUCCAGAGACCUUCUGGUGUAAAGGGGAGCCUUUUGAACUUGGUAGUGUAUUCAAACUUGAAAAUCCACAUGGAGUUGCCAAAUGUAGCUGCAGUGUCACAGAGCAUUCUCUACCAGCUAACAGGGCCCUUCUGUGCUGCCAGCUUCCUCAUGCUUUGCUACUGACAUUCAGCUCUUGCUAUAAAAACCCAUGGAAUUGAUUUCAAUGUAACUUCGAGGAGGGGAGAAUGAGUGGGAGUUAAGGUUAAAUAUACAUGUGAUAUCCAGCUUUCCCUGCUGACUAGACAGGAGGGACAUCUCAAAAAUGUAGAAGUGGAAAGACCCCAAAUAGUCUUAACAGCUGAUGUAUAAAUUGAGCUUUCUCAAAAAAUAGGUGCUCUGUUGUUUAGACCAGCUGAAGACUAGGGCUAAGAUCUUCUUCCACCAGCAUCUGCAGUUCUAACAAGCAUCUGUCUCUGCUUAUGUAUUGCAACAGAGAGAAAGAGCAUGGAAAUUGUGACUUACUGAGAAAUAAAAAGAUCUUGGGGGAAAAAAAAGGCAUUUAAUACAACAUGUACUUGUGCAGGUACAUUAUUGUUAUUUAGGAGAGAUUGCUUAGUCAAAACAACAAACUACAAUGAGGAGAGACCCUUGCACCACUACACUGCUUUUAACAUGCUUAGAUGAAGCUUAGUUUUGUACUGGAAAUAAAAUAAAUGUGUCCUGACAAAUUUGUUCCUGACUGGAAACAUCUGUUCUCCAAGCUUUUAGAGUUAAUGAGAGAUGACAGAGCUGGGCUGGGCUGCAGGAUGCUUACUGAGAAGUAUGGUAGAUGCUCUUUAGAGGCUGGGAUAGGCACCUGCUCCAGGCCUCACAGCAAGUGGUACUUAGAGUUAACACUACUAGAGGCUUUUGUCUUUGGUUUAUUCCAAGAUGCCUUCUGUUCCUCUUGAAGUAAAAUUCUCCAGUUGUCCAGUCUUUCUUCUGUUGAUCUAUUUGUUACCCCCACCAGGCCCGUGGGUUUUUUUGACAAGUGCACUGGUUUGGGCUGGGAUAGAGUUAAUUUUCUUCAUAGUAGCUUGUAUGGGGUUAUGUUUUGGGUCUGUGACCAAGAACACUGUUGGUAAUAUAGGGAUGUUUUGGCUAUUGCUGAGCUGUGAUUGCACUGCAUUGAGUCCUUUCCUGGUUCUUGCACUACCCCACUAACACAAGAAGUUUAUAAGAAGAUGGGAGGGGACACAGGUAGGACAGCUGACCCCAGCUGACGAGAGGGCUAUCUCGUGCUGUAUGACAUUGUCCUCAGCAGUGAAAGCCAGGGGACGAAGAAGGGACAUUUGGAAUUAUGUCGUCUCAAGUAGCCACUGUGUGGGAUGGAGCCCUGCUUUUCUGGAGGACUAGCUGAACACUUGUCUGUUGAUGGGAAAUAGUGAAUGAAUUCCCCAUUUUGCUUUGCUUGUGCAUGCAGCUUUUGCUGUAGUUAUUAAACUGUCUUUAUCUCAAUCCACAAGUUUUCCCAUUUUUAUCCUGAGUCUCUGGCCCAUCCCACUGGGGGAGGGUGAGCAAGUGGCUGCCUGGCACUGACCUGCUACCUAGGAUUAACCCACAGUGUAUAUUGGUCUCAAAACAUGACAUUAUGCCCUUCAUUAUUGCACCUGGAGCUACAUAAAAUGGUGGCAAAUAUCUUUGCUCAUUGUGUACUCAGAAGAGCAAGUCACCUGCUCACAGGGAAGCAUGGAUAUGAGAACAUGGCAAGUUAGCUGGAAAGGAAUGACAGAAUUCACUUUGUUGGGGAUAAGGAACCAUGCACAGUGGCAGUCAGAGCUGAUUUUGCAAGAAGAAAGAAGGGAACAGAUGAUAACUCAGGGUGGCAGAAGAUAUCAAGGAGCCUUGGAAAAGAACAAAGAGCAGAAGAGGGCACAGGCAAUGUGCAACAUGAAUGGUUCAAAGCAAAUCAGGAUGAUGUAAUUUAAAAGGGAAAAGUCUCCAAUUCCCCCUUCCCCAAUUUGUAACCAAAGCUGUAGACUGUGAACAGUAUGCAGCUUGAUCUUAACUGCAGUCCAUUAGCACUGGUUUGCCUCAGUUUGGGUCAUGUAAUAGCUUUUUCAUGGAAAAUAAAGGGUUUUUUGACUGUU